GAUCUUCGUCCUUUGUCACAUCGCUCAAGCAAACCAAGGUCCCAAGCCUUUCUCCCUUCUUCAAAAUGCCGGUUUCUCGUGCUGCGAUCCUCUCCCUGCUCACUGCGGUCACUGCGACCACUAUCACCACCAGUGAGCCAUCUCUGUCUGACAUCAAGGCCGCUGCUGCCACCACCACCCCGCUUUCCCCCGUCUCCGAUGUCAAGGGCGUGGCUUUUGAUCGGUUCUACCAGAUCUGGUUAGAGAAUGUGGACUACAGCUCUGCGGCUGGGGACUCGAACCAGCAAUGGCUCGCCAGCAAGGGUAUCGUGUUGAGCAACUACUAUGCCGCGGGACAUCCCUCCGAGCCCAACUACUGUGCUGCUGCCAGUGGUGAUAACUAUGGCAUGGACAACGAUAAUUUCCAUCAGAUCCCUGAGGAUGUGUAUACCGUUGCCCAUCUCCUGGAUACCAAGGGGAUCUCGUGGGCUGAAUACCAGGAGCAUAUUCCCUAUCCUGGUUUCCAGGGCUUCAACUAUUCCAACCAGGAAACUUAUGCUAAUGACUAUGUGCGCAAGCACAACCCUCUGAUGCUGUUCAACUCAAUCACCAACAACGAUACUGCCACUCGUCAGAUCAAGACCUUUACCGAUUUUACGAAUGAUAUCAAGAACAAGACCCUUCCUCAGUGGGCCUUCAUUACCCCUAACAUGACCAACGAUGCCCAUGAUACCAACAUUACCUACGGCUCCACCUGGCUGCGCAGCUUCGUGUCCGAGUUGAUGGAAGACAGCUAUGUCUGGAAUAACACCCUCAUGCUGCUGACCUUCGACGAAACUGAGGACUACUUUGUGCGCAACCGCAUUUUUAGCGUCCUCCUUGGUGGUGCCGUUCCCGACGACCUCGUUGGAACUACUGAUGAUACCGUAUACACCCACUACUCGACCAUUGCCACUGUGUCUGCCAACUGGGGCCUGCCUUCCCUUGGACGUUGGGACUGCGGUGCAAACAUCCUGGAGCUUGUUGCUAACAAGACUGGAUACACCAACUAUGACGUCGAUGCCUCCAAGCUCUACAUUAACGAAUCCCUGCCCGGCCCUCUGUCCGUGAAGGAUUACUCUGUUUACCGGUCCUCCUGGCCCGUCCCCACCACCAACGAGACCUGCUCGGCUGGACACGGCAUUCUUCAAAAGGUCAUCGAUACUUUCAAGGGUCAGACACCUACCUACAACUACACCGCCCCCUUCCCCUAUGAUGCCACUGCUGGCCUCGAUCUGGGUGUGUCCUACACCAAGAACGGAAAGACCUAUGUCUCCGGUGUGAACUCCACCAAGACCACCACCGGCUCCGGGUCCUCCACCACCACCUCCUCCUCUUCUUCCACCACCAGCAAGGGUGCUGCCGCUCAGCUCGCUUCCAAUGUUGGCGGUGGUUUGGUCGCCCUUCUGCUGACCAGCCUGCUUGCUCUGUAAUUAUAGAAUAGUGUAUAUUCGAAGUUGUUUUCGGUAAUGGAAUGAUAUGGUAAAUAUCUAUUAUAAAACAAAUAUGAAAAGAAACUGUAGGG